UUGAACGAUGAAAUUUACAUGAUAAACGGCGUUCAUGGUUGUGGCUUCCAUAUUGAGCCGAAGAAGUGGAUCGGGUUCAAUUUGAAGUCAAAGGCAUCCGAAACAAUUGAGGUUUGUUCUUGUCAUGCAGUCAGCGAUAUUGAAGUCAAUAUAAUUGUUUUGCAUACAAAUGAAGAAGCUCAACUCAUGUUGUAUGAUUAUUAUAUCACAGUGAGUUAG